AUGACAAAGCGAAUCGUCAAACGGAAACAGGAGUAUGAAGAUGACACAAAAAAUAGUCGAAAAUUGCCACCAACUGGAAUUCUGGCGCUUCGUCGUUCAACAAAUUCUCAGGAACAACAAAUACCGAUGAAAGUCUCAUUCUCCCUAUCAAGUGUAAACUCAACUGUUCUAAAUAAUUUCUCAUCGAAUCUGUUAUCAAUACCAGAUGAGAGCAUGUUAUCAAGAUUUGUAGCUGCGAGACUCGAUUUACCGGUAUCUCAACGACUGCUACACAAAUUUAGAUUAUCUAUAAUUAAACGGUGUUACGAAGAUCAACUGAGAUUAAUGCUUGAUGAUUUUGUGAGCGACAGCGAUCUGUAUAUGGCAUGUUUGAUUCUCCAAAAACAAAUUGAAGUUAUCGACGGCAAAAAAGAAAAUAUUAUCAUUCCAUCAAAGCACUUACAAGAAGUAACGGCGAAAACUAGACGCGAAGCGAUAAUAGAUCAAACACAUUUAACGAUGGAACAAGAUGAGAGUGAAGAAAUGAUCACUUCAACAGUGGUUGAUAUUGUUGCCAAAAAUAAAGAGAAUAAACCAAUACCGAAGCUGUCCGAUGCUUGUGUGUCGUGUUUAAAGGAGGAAAAACGUCUUGCUUGCAUUCCCUGUGGUCAUUUGGUAACGUGUGUGGCGUGCGGUCAGUUACUACGCAUAUGUCCAAUAUGUCGACGAGAAAUAGAAGCUUUUGUUCGCGUCUAUAUGUAA